AUGGGCUAUGCACUUGAUGGUUGUGGUGAGUUUUGUCCAAAUGGAAUCCCUGAGUCUUUGAUCUGCGCAGCUUGCAAUUGCCAUCGAAACUUCCAUAGAAAAAUGGAGGUGGAGGUAGAGGUAGAGACUGAGGUGGAGCUUUCUAUCCUCUCUAAUAGUCACCAUAACCGUGGUACUUCCCUUGUCAUCGUUGUUCCACCAACCCCAACAUAUCAACAACAGUCAAGAAUUCAUCCUCGUCAAAAGUACGACAAGAACAACAACGUUGCUGCCACCCCACCACAGCGAGCGGAGACGGCGACGGAGAUGGGCGGAAGAGAGAUAGAAGUAGCUGAGCAGAUGAGCACCAAAAGAAAGAGGAUUAACUCAGAGCAAAAGGAAAGAGUGAAGGCUUUUGCAGAGAAGAUAGGGUGGAGGUGGACAAAGUACAAUAAAGAAGUGAAACCCUUUUGUGCUGAGAUUGGAAUCACUCCCUAUUUCUUGAAGAAUUGGAUUGACAACAACAGGCGCAGAUUUGGGCCUAAAAAAACCAUUAAGCUAGAAAAAGAGGGAACAGUUGCUUAA